AUGGUGAAUGAAAAUAUUUUGAUCAAUUUUCCCGAAGCCCUAGAUCUUAUUUCUCGCUUGUUGAGCGUCAAUCCUCUAGACAGACCAACAGCUGUAGAUGUGUUAAACCAUCCGUUCAUGUGGAAAUCAGAGAAGAAAAAAGACUUAAUAUGUGAUGCUGGUGAUCUAGAAAAGAAUCACCCUUUACUCUCGCAAGCACUUGAAAGUAUUUCUGUUGAAGAAAUAAUCGCAACUGAUCAUCAGAAACUUAUCGAUUCUACCACUACUUGGGAUCAAUUUAUUGACGAGGCUAUAAUUAGUCAUAUGACUCAUUUUAGUCAAUAUGACUUUACAAGUGUGCGAUCGCUCAUACGUUUCAUCAGAAAUUUGUGCAUUCAUUACAAACAACGUCCUAAAUAUAUUAAGAUUCUUCAUCCUGAACUUAGGCUUGCUUCUAAAGAUGUCCUUGAAUUCUUUCGAGGAAAUAAGGAAGCAAAUCUCAAAAAGUUGAAGAAAAUGUUGCAGUCUGCUAAUGUUCUACUCAAUGAUGCCGAGCAGAAACAACUUGGAGAUGACAAUGUGAAGAAGUGGCUUGAAGAUCUUAAAGAAGUAGUUUAUGAAGCUGAUCAUGUGAUGGACAAGAUCAACACUGAAGCCUUGCGAAUCAAGAUGGAGAAAGGUGAACUCGAAAGCACAACAAGUAAGUCCUUGAGCUUUUUCAAAAAGUUUUAUAAUCCAUUUAAAAAAGCUUUGACAUGUGAAGUAGAGAAGAUUCUUGAUACAUUAGAUGAUCUUUUAGCUCACACAAAAUACCUUGAUUUGAAAAAAAGGAUUCUAAUUAAGGUCUAUGGAAGGGAGAGUGAUAGAAAGGCUAUUGUUAAGCUAGUCUUGUCUCAUGAUGUUGGUGACCAUAACAUCUCUGUUAUUUCUAUAGUAGGGAUGGGUGGUAUAGGCAAAACUACGCUUGUCCAAAGCGUGUAUGCAGAUGCCAGUGUCAAACAACACUUUGACUUGAAAGCAUGGGUAACUAUCUCCGUCGAUUUUGAUGUUUUAAAAAUAAGCAAACUUAUUUUGGAGGCAAUCACUAAACGAAGAUGUGAUGCAGAAGAGGUACAUCAACUUCAAAAUGAAUUGAAAAGUGCAUUGUUUGGGAAAAAGUUUUUUUUUGUUCUUGAUGAUGUAUGGAAUGAGAAUUAUUUGUUGUGGGACUCUUUGAAAAGUUGUUUUCAAUUUGGCGAGCAAGGAAGUAAAAUUAUUGUGACCAUGCGGAGCAAGGAUAUUGCAUUGAUGAUGAAGACAAAUGUUCAACCUUACGAUCUUCAAGUAAUGUCUGACGAUAAUUGUUGGAAGUUGUUUGCAGAACACGUCUUCGAUGAUAUAGACUCCAAUGAGGUACAUCUAGAAUUGGAGGAAUUUGGAAAGCAAAUUGUUGAAAAGUGCAAGGGUCUUCCUUUAGCUGUAAAAUCGAUGGCUGGACUUUUGAAAUGUACGUCAAAUCAUGAAGAAUGGAGGCAUGUAUUGCAAAGUGAUAUCUGGGAGUUGCCAAAUCGCCUUAACAUUAGAAUUGUUCCGGCUUUAUGGUAGAGCUACCACUUCUUACCUCCUUAUUUGAAACCAUGUUUUUCUCAUCUUUCAAUCUUUCCCAAAGAUUAUGAAUUUCAAAAAGAUGACAAAGAUAAAAUAAUCUUAAUUUGGAUGGCAGAAGGUCUUUUGCAACCUCAGAAAGGGAAAAGAAUUGAAGAUGUUGGGGAAGAGUAUUGGAAUGCUUUAAUAUCAAAAUCGUUUUUUCAAAGAAACAAUACAUGGAAUCUUAAUAUUUCUAUGCAUGAUCUUAUGCAUGAUUUAGCUAUGCAUAUAUCAGGUCAAAGUUGCUUUAUUUAUGAUAGUUGUAACGACUCUGGCAAGCUAAUAACCAAUAGCAAGAUUCGCCAUCUAUCAUACAUGAAGGACUUGAAAGAUACAAUAGAAUUUGACAACUUCUCUAGAGUGAAGCAUUUGCGUACCCUGUUGGCUUUGCCAUUACGACAUAUAUGGAGAUCACUUGAGACCCAAUUUAAGCUUGAAAUGGUGUUAAAGGAUGGAGGAUGCUUAAAAACUCUUUCUUUGUCACAAUCGCAUAUCACAAACUUGCCUGAUUCAAUUGGCAAUUUAAAACAACUCAGGUAUUUGGA